AUGAAAACUCUAAUAAUCCCUAUUUCAGAAAUAAAAAAUCAUAUUUUUGAUUUUCAACCUGGCAAAGAAUUCAAAACAGAAUGGUGUCUUGAUCUCCAUGGCUUUUUAACUCGUAAUGGGCUUAAUGAAAGACUUGAUAGGAUCAAUUUUCAUAUUCGAGAUUAUCCGCUGAUGAGCGAAAAAACGAAGACAAAGUUAUAUUUGCUUAGUGGUAUAUGGGCUACUUUAAUAGUUGUAAUUGCUGUUGUCGCUUUUAACGCUAGCUAUGCUAAUUAUGAGAGUAACAUCUAUUCAGCAAAUUCUCAACCUCCCGAUGUGAAUAGUGCUAUUGCCGGCACCUCAAUUGUUGAAGCAUUGAUUGCCGCUUUAACAUUUCUUGCUAGAUAUCUGAUUGACCAGAAAUCAAAAAAGUUAGCUAAAAAUUUCGAAAAUAACUUAAAAUUUUUGCUUACCGAAUAUAAUAAUCAGGAUAAUCCGACUGCUAAUUGGAGAUUUGUAUGGCGAUCAGUGCUUUCUCAUUUCAGUGUAGAGGCAAAUGCAAGUUUAAAUGGAAGUAUUAAAGGGAAAGCUGUGCCGCAAUACGUCGAACAUGCUGAAAUAUUGCUUGAAAUCAACGAUGCACUUUCUGAUUUAACUGCUAAUACU